AAGCUGUUGGGUUACCAAACUCGUGGAUUUAUUCAGCGUUUCUACCAUCCCUGGUGAAACAACAUUCCCUUGGAUUGUCUCCCCCAAACCCUCCUCUAUUUUCUCUUAUACAAUGGCGGCUUCAUCGUCCCCUGUGUCCUCCUACUCCUCGGAUUCCUCGUCCUCUGACACAUCAUCCUCAUCCCACCGUCGUCGCCGCCGUCGAAGUAUCCGUCGCGAAAAAGAUAGAGACAGGGAAUCUCUCAAGAUCCGUAAAAAGUCUCGGUCACACUCAAAACGACGUCGCAGACACCACAAUCACUCUUCAGAGUCUGAGUCCUCCCAAUCUAAUUCUCCCAGGGGUGAGAGUUCUGAUAGUGAGUAUGAAAGUCAUGCAAAGAGGCGGAAGAAGGACAGAGCAAAGAAGACUAAAGAAAAGGGCAAGAGCAAGAGUCAUCACCACAAACGGCAUAAGGAUAAAGUUAAAGAGAAGCAGCAGGAUGAGGGAAGUAGUGGCCCUGUACAGCUAUCAAAGUUUUUAGGGCGUGACAAAGAUGAUGGAGUUCGCCGAAGUGCUGUCUCUGGAAAAAAGAUUCUAUUAAAACUUGAUAAAUCAAAGGAGGAUAAAGCUGCAGAAAAUAAGAGAAAUGAGUUGCUGAAGUUCUUGAAUGCUAGCUUUGAUUGAGCAAACGGAGCUUGCUGUGUCAACUCUAUUGAACCAUGAACAUACAGAGAGCUAGCUAGUUCACAGUAGUGUCUUCUGGGACAACUAGGUCGCUGAAAAUUGUGUCUUCCCACAUGACUAGGUCACUAAGCAAGGAGUCACAUUUAUAGAAUUGUGUUUUCAUGAGAAAUUUAGGGGCUUUUACCACAAUUGGGGUGAGAGUUUGUGUCUCUGUGUUGCAUUGUAAUCUUAACUCUCUUUGAACUUUGGAUCAACUGUGUAAUUCAUUGGGUGCUUAAUAUUAAAGAUUCUUAAUUUGUUUGAUGGUUCA